ACUACUUAACUUAUAAUACACCUACUCUCUCCAUUUUAACAAGGAAAUAUAAACAGUACAGAUAUACUGUACAGGGUGGAGUAAACCAUCGAUCUGUCAUAAAUGUGAACAUCUAAUAAAGGAAAAAUGGAUUGUAAAAUCAAUAUCAUUGGUGUUCUAUAUAUUAACAGGCUUUGUAUAUUUGAAUAAUGUCAAUCUUGUUCACAUGUAUAAUUUCCCUCUUAGACUACAAGAAAAUGUGUGGCAAUGGGAAAGAUUAGACAAUUUUCAUAUUGAUUAUAAAUUAACUUUUUAAAACAUGGAUUUAAUAAAUUCACCUCAAACACUGGAUAUUAUAGUCACAGGGUACAAACAUUCAGGUGUAGAUCAUCUCCAUAAAACCAUCAACCAGCUAACUGCUUACAGAUCUCCAGUUACAUCAGACAACCAUACCCCAAACAUAACAUGUUGUCAGGGUUACCUCCCCUCUCAAUACCCACGCCUCCACAUUAACCCUUCAUCUAAGAUUGUGUUUAUAGUGAGAAAUCCCAAAGACACAGCUGUAGCAAUGUAUAAAAGUUCUGGUGUAGAGUCUUCAACAGAAUUCAGUGAAUUUUUGUACAGUUUCAUAUUUGGAGAGUCAGAUGAAAAAUGGAGUGACCAUACACGACAAUGGGAAAAUGUCCUAUCACAACAUUCAACUUCAAAUCUCCAUCUUGUUUACUUUGAUGAUCUUAUACAGAAUUUUGAGCAUGAAGUCUCACGACUAUGCAAAUUUUUCGAUAUUCAGAAAAGUUCCAUCCAGAUCUCAGAAAUGUGUUCAUUAUUAAGAAAGGAGGCAGAACAGCCACAACCGAAAAGGAGAAAAACUGAGCACAGUGUGAACGGACACAGAGAAACAUUCUAUGACACUGGCAUGUGGAAGAAUCAGUUUACAGUGAAUCUACAGGAACAAUUUGAUAGUGCUAUACUGGAUAUAUUAAAGGACUCUAAGCUUGAUCUCCAUAAACUGUUGGGCUGAUGAAAGAGUCUAUAAACUAAUCUACGUAAACUGUUGUGCUGAUGAAAGACUCUAAGCUCGAUCUCCAUAAACUGUUGGGCUAUUAAUGGAAGAGUCUAUAAACUAAAUCUCCAUAAAAUGUUGUGCUGGUUGAAGAGUCUAUAACUAAAUCUCCAUAAACUCUUGUGCUGAUGGAAGACUCUGAGCUAGAUAUUGUUGUGUUAUGCUGGAACUAAUGAGAACUGCUAAACCUGCUGUGCUAAUAAAAAGAGUUUAAAUUAGAUCUCCCUAAAAUGUUAUGCUAAUAAUGGUGUCUAAACCAGAUCUUUAUAAAUUGUUGUGUUAUACUUCACUGAAUGAAGGGAACUAAACUAGAUAACCAUAAACUGUUGUGUUAUACUGGAUCUAAUGAAGAACUCAAAAUCCUGCUAAUCAAAGAGUAUAAGCUAGAUCUCUCUAAAAUGUUGUGCUAAUGAAGAACACAUACUGGAUCUCUCUAAACUGUUGUGCUAUACUGGAUAUAGUGGACUCUAAACAAGAUCUUAAAUUCCUAAUCUGUUGUGCUAAAUAAGGGCUCUAAACUAGAUCUCAAUAAAAUGCUGUGGUAAUGAAGGACUCAUAAACUCCAUAAACUGUUGUGUUAAUGAAAACUGACUGGAUUCUGAUAUACUUCUGCAGUAUACUUUUGUCUCAGCAGGACCUUAUUCCUAAUAGUAACAAGUGACUCCUCUGACUACUUCAUUUCAGGGGAGGAUUGUUUAUUUGCUAUUACUGAAUUGUUACCGCAAAACUGCAAUUUUAUUUUCUCAGGAAAUAACUACAUUUUUGUGACAAUGCAUCUCCUAAGUGGACACCUUGUGCAACAUCUCUAACUUGACCUUGACAAGAUGUGAAGUGUAAAGGUUGUAAAACAAUACUGUGUACAUGUGUACCUAAGCUGAACACAAUUAAAUCGAGAAACUGACAAAAAAAACAACAA